UAGAAACAGUGGCUCACUCGGAUGAAAAACAAUGGCAACUCGGUUCAGAUUAGUUAUGGCUAUGAAGAGAACAAUUCAAAGGAUCCACACUCUCGUUGAUACCCCACGCCUCAAAAGCUUCUCUCUUAACGCACCCAAAAGUGUAGAUGUAGAAUAUGCGAAUGGUAUCAAGUUUAGCUUGUCAGCUGAGUUUUUGCGAGUUUAUAGCCCUGCUGCUGAUGGCAAGAUUCGAUCAAUCGGCAGUGAAAAGGUUAUAUCUGGUCGGCGCCAUGUCGGGAUAAUGUCUGCCGAACCUGUAGGAAACUAUGGGGUAAGGAUAGUUUUCGAUGAUUUGCAUAAAACUGGGAUUUAUUCUUGGGACUAUUUCUUUAAUCUUGGGAGCAACAAGUUUACUCUCAUGAGAAAUUAUAUCAAAACAUUGAAGAAACAUGGACUCAGCCGGGAUCCUUCUAAAAGAAAGUCAUCUAAAGACCUCUGAUUAUCCGAGUUAGUCCCCUUAGAUCAUUGACUCAACCUUAGUCUUAUCUAGAUGAGGCUCAAAUAGCACAAGUGUUUUUUCGAGGAACAUCCAUGUGGUUUAGUUUUCUGGACUCAACUCGUUUUCCAGACGGAAGAGGGGAUGGGAACUCAGUAUUUUCAUGUUCCAUUGAUAGGCCGUUUGAAACAGGUGAUUUACAAUUGAUCUCGAUAUUACUUUCAUUUCUCGUUUCUUGUGGACUAAGAAAUUUUGAUAUUUAGACCUAGUUUUAAACAUGGUUGUUCUAGACCUAGUUUUAAACAUGGUUGUUCUUUCUUGAUGUUUAAUGAAAAAGAAAAACUGCUCUGAUACAUGUUCCGAUAAA